CUAUCGAACGAGAAACGGUUGGAGCGCCUUCGUUUCGCUCAACUUUAAAUAAAUUAAAUUAACUCCCUGCGAGGCGUUCGGUUGUGUGCGUUCGAAAAUAAAGUAAAAAGAAUUGGCGGUGCUUGCAAAAACGAAACAAGCUUUAAAAAUAAUUGGAGUGCAUUUCAUUGCGGGUUAAAGAAUUGCGUUGUUGCGUCGUCUUUGUUGUUUUCAUUGCUGUCGGGUUGGUCGCAUGAAAAAUAAUUGUUUUUAUUUCAUGGGGUUACACAUAAAUUGCUUAAUAAGCUUCACUGUGAAUAGUGUGCCAAAAUAAAGAGAGUCGCGAAACGAAAACGAGUUUCUGUGAAUGUUGAGAAAGCCAAACAAUGCGCUGAUUUAUCUAUAGGUGUAUAUGCACGAUGUUGUAAACAUUUAAAAAUACAAAUCGCCUCAUAAAGUCUUAGAGGUCCAAAAUAUAUGGGCACGAAUUUUCCGAUUUCGUAAACGUGGAAAGCGAGUGGAAUGCGGUGUGAUUUUUGAGUGCAUUCUUCGACGUUUGUUUUGAGUGGAAACACAACCUGUUUUUCAAGGUUUAUAAAGCUCUGGAUUAAUCGCAGCUUGAGUCAUCCCUUACUGAAAACUACCAGUGAUUGUCAGUUCAAUGUGAUGCCCCAGUGCAGCUACAUCAGAUAAGAGAAAACCACUCCAGGACCUGGAAAACACUGCCAUCAUGUUGAGGCUGAUCCUUAUCGCCUGCCUGGCCCAGCUGGCUUAUUCUCAGGCGGAUCUUAAAGAUCUGGAUGGACCCAAUAUCUGUAAAAAAAGAGAAACAUAUCCCGUGGAAGUUGUCUACACAGAAUUGGCAUCUUUCCAGGACCGCGGUUCCACCUGGUGCAUGAGCAUCCCGCCCCGGUGCUCCACCUAUCGUAUUAAACACAAAGUGGUUAACAAGACCCAGAUUAUUAUGAAGAAUCGGAUUGUAAGGGAUUGUUGUGAUGGCUAUAUAGCCAGCGCCGGAGAGUGUGUGCCACAUUGCUCAGAACCCUGCCAGCAUGGAAGAUGCAUCUCCCCGGAGAAGUGCAAGUGCGACCAUGGUUACGGAGGACCCGCCUGUGAUAUAAAUUGCCCGCCGGGCUGGUACGGCCGGAACUGCUCGAUGCAGUGCGACUGCCUGAACAACGCGGUCUGCGAGCCUUUCUCCGGCGACUGUGAGUGCGCCAAGGGCUUUGCCGGAGCUCGUUGCGCUGAAAUCUGUCCGGAGGGCUUCUUCGGGGCCAAUUGUUCGGAGAAGUGCCGCUGCGAGAAUGGGGGCAAGUGCCACCACGUGUCCGGCGAAUGCCAGUGUGCACCUGGUUUCACGGGUCCUCUAUGCGACAUGCGCUGUCCGGAUGGCAAACAUGGCGCCCAGUGCCAGCAGGAUUGUCCGUGCCAGAACGACGGAAAGUGCCAGCCGGAGAGCGGGGCCUGCAUGUGCAAUCCCGGCUGGACGGGCAGCGUGUGUGCCAACAAGUGUCCGGUGGGCAGCUACGGAGCGGGAUGCCUGGAGACGUGCGCCUGCUACAAAGGAGCACCCUGCCACCACAUCACCGGAAAGUGCGAGUGUCCACCCGGAUAUCUGGGAGAACGUUGCUUCGACGAGUGCCCGCUGAACACGUACGGACUGAAUUGCAGCAUGACCUGCGACUGCGAGAACGAUGCCACCUGCGAUCGGGCCAACGGAACCUGCACCUGUAACCCGGGCUGGAGAGGAGCCAAGUGCGAGGAGAGGAUUUGCGAGGCGGACAAGUACGGUCUGGACUGCAACCGCACCUGCGAGUGCGACAUGGAGCACACGGAUCUGUGUCACCCGGAGACGGGCAAGUGCCAGUGCAGCAUUGGAUGGAGCAGUGCCCAGUGCACCAGACCCUGUACCUUCCUUCGCUACGGUGUAAACUGCGAGCAGACCUGCAAUUGCAAGAAUGGAGCCAAGUGCUCGCCGAUCAAUGGAACCUGUCUGUGCGCGCCCGGCUGGAAGGGAGCCACGUGCGAGGAAGGCUGUGCGCCGGGCACCUUUGGCCAGGAUUGCGCUCUGCGCUGCAACUGCGAGAAUGGAGCCAGGUGCAUGCCGGAGUCGGGUGAGUGCGUGUGCACGCCCGGCUGGAAGAACUUAAAGUGCGACCGUCCGUGCGACCUCAAACACUAUGGCCUGGACUGCGCCAAGCAGUGCGAUUGCCAGAAUAAUGCCGCCUGCAAUCCGCAGAACGGAAGCUGCACCUGUGCCGCUGGCUGGACCGGCGAGCGCUGCGAUCGGAAGUGCGAACCGGGAAAAUUCGGACACGAGUGCGCCCAAAAGUGCCAAUGCGACUUCAACAACAGCCUGGCCUGCGACUCGACCAACGGACGUUGCGUAUGCAAACAGGACUGGGGAGGCGUUCAUUGCGAGACCAACUGUCGGAGCGGUUACUAUGGUGAAAAUUGUGAUAAAGUUUGCAGAUGCCUGAACAACUCGUCCUGCGACCCCGAUUCCGGUAACUGCAUCUGCUCGUCCGGCUGGACGGGAGCCGACUGCGCCGAGCCCUGUCCACCUGGUUUCUAUGGAAUGGAAUGCAAGGAGCGCUGCCCGGAGAUCUUGCAUGGAAAUAAGAGCUGCGACCACAUAACGGGCGAGAUCCUCUGCCGCACUGGUUACCUUGGACUAACCUGCGAGCAUCCGUGCCCGGCAGGACUUUACGGACCCGGCUGCAAGCUCACAUGCAACUGCGAGCAUGGCGGAGAGUGCAACCACGUGAGCGGUCAGUGCCAGUGCCUUCCCGGAUGGACUGGCGCCAACUGCCACGAGUCCUGUCCCACGGACACUUAUGGCCAAGGAUGCGCCCAACGAUGCCGCUGUCUGCACCACAAGGUGUGUCGCAAGAACGACGGCAUGUGCAUCUGCGAGACGGGCUGGACGGGCCCACGUUGCGACGAGAUCUGUCCGGAGGGAUUUUACGGCGAGCACUGCAUGAAUGCUUGCGCCUGUCCCUCGGCCAACUUCCAGUGCCAUGCGGCUCAUGGUUGCGUGUGCAGGAGUGGCUACAUGGGCACUAACUGCGACGAGCUGAUCGCCUCCCAACGAGUUGCAGACCAGAAUGAAGAUUCGAGCCGAGCGAGUGUUGCAUUGACUUUGGUCCUGAUGACCCUGUUCGCGUUCAUCAUCUUUGCCGUAUUCUUCUACUAUCGCCGACGUGUGUCCAACCUGAAAACGGAAAUUGCUCAUGUGCACUACACACAUGACACGAACACCACUGGCUGGCCGCCCAGUAACCACAACUUUGACAAUCCCGUGUACGGCAUGCAAGCGGAUACGCGCCUUUUGCCUAACAAUAUGCGCCCCAAGAUGAACAACUUUGACCAGAGCAGCUCGAUGAGCACGGAAUAUGGCGGCGAUGAUUCCAAUGCCAGUGGAAGGGUAGGCAGCUAUUCAGUCAACUACAACCAUGACCUGCUAACAAAGAACUUGAAUGCGGACCUGACCAACCCGAUUGUUUAUAAUGAAUCCCUCAAGGAAGAGCAUGUGUACGAUGAGAUUAAGCACAAGGAGGGCUACAAGGAUCCGGUGAAAAUUUAUAGCAAGAUUUUAUUUCCCGAGGAUGAAUAUGAUCACCUGGACUACUCGCGUCCUAGCACCUCGCAGAAGCCGCACUACCACCGCAUGAAUGACGCCAUGCUUAACAUAAACCAGGAUGAGGAGAAGCCCAGCAACGUGAAGAACAUGACCGUGUUGCUGGACAAACCGUUGCCACCCACGGAGCCGGAGCCGCAGCACGAGAGCUUCGACAAUACGAACACCAACCUCGACAAUGUGUCGACGGCGUCGCCCAGCUCCAGUCCGGAAUUUCGCAAGUAGUCAGUCAACUUUACCCGCUGGUUAGAUUUUAAGUCGUCAACAAGAUAUUUUAAAGUGUCUAUAUACAAACCUUAGUUUAAUUUAAUUAAUAGAAUUUUAGUUGUGUACGUGAGUUUAUGUAAUUCUGUGUAGCAUUUGUCUUGCAUUCGAUUUGUAAUUUUGUAUUUUGCUCAAUUUAGGCACGGCUGGCCAGUCAAUUGUAAAUUAUUCUUUAGGGGCCCUUUACAACCCAGCAACGGUCCCAACUUUUGUAAAUGUCUACUUCAUUCGCUCUAAAUUGUACUAACGAUAUGCUCAUUUGAUCGAUCAUCAAAGCGACUUACACCCUAAGUGAACUCAUAUUAAAUUUAGUACCUAGAAACACCUCUUCCUGUUAAAAUUGUGGAGUGUCUCUGAGAGAAACUCGUCUGGAUCGAAGGUUGCAAUAAUUUUAAAUCGAGUGCGGAGUGCCUCUAAAAGAAACUCCUCUGGAUCGAAGGUUGCAAUAAUUUUAAAUCGAACCCAUGCAUAUACAGAUUGAUAUCAAUAGAAUAAGCAUAUGGUAUUUAUAUUUUUAAUAAGCCAUUUAUUUGUAGAGUGCAUAAACAAUACAUUAAAAGAGAUCCUCAUUGAUAAACUAUUUUGAAUACCACGAAAUAUUCGUAAAAGUUAUUGUUAACAAAUUUAAAUGCUGUAAUAAGUAAAAUUUUGGCCAAAAUUGUAUAAAAAUCUGAUUGCGAUUUCUGAUAUAGAUAAAAUAUUCACAAGUAGCUCAAAUAUUGGAAUAUUACAAUUGUGUCAAUACACGUAUAACAUAAGAUAAAUCCUGAUAAAAUUGUAUGUUAUUGUUCAUAUACACAUAUUCGAUCUUUUAAAAACGCGGAUAAUAAAAACUAAUUAAAAAUAUUUUAAAA